AUGCAACUCGUUAUUGUCGCUGCUCUCCUCCAUCUCCUACCCCUCGUGCUCUCCCUCUCAGCCCGGCCGCGAGCCCGCUCGGCCUUCAUCCCUCAUGUCCGCUCGACGCACCUAGACUGGGACGCGGCCAGGCCCGAUACCGCCUUCACCUCGCCUCGUCUCGACGGCCACUCGGUGCACGAGUUCACCACGGGCAGCACUCGGCAGCAACAACAACAACAACACCCGGCCGACUCAGCCACACUCGCCGACCACGCGGGCACGGCUAGCAGCGGCAACCCCAAAUGGGAGAACCUUGGCGGAAGCGUGGCGUCGUACCCGUCAGCGUGCUCGUGGGGCACCGGGCGGCUGGACAUCUUCCACAUGACGCGCGAGCGGUCAUGCCAGCACCGCAGCUACGGCGGCUACAGCAGCAGCAGCAGCUUCACCGGCUCAUACAGCUGGUCUUCGUGGCAGACGCUGGGCGGGUCGCUCGACGGCGGCGUGGCCGUGAGCAGCCAUACCGAGGGUUCCUUCACCAUCGCCGUCAAGGGCACCGACAACCAGUGCUGGCAGCGGGCUUAUACCGGCGGCGGCGGUGGCGGCGCGUGGGGCGACUGGCAGACGCUGGGCGGCAACAUCAGCCACGACGUGGGCCUCGUCAGCCGCGGCGGCGUCGUGUCCGUGUCGCAGAGCACCAGCGCAUCGCUCGACCUAUUCGUGUCGGCGCCCGACGGCCAGUGCUGGACCAAGACGUGGUCCUACUCGUCCAGCUGGAGCACGUGGACGGCGCUCGGCGGCUACCUCGACAGCGCGCCGCGCGCCGUGUCGUGGGGGCGCGACCACAUGAGCCUGUACUGCCGCAGCACCGACGGGCAGGCCUGGUGGCGCCGGUGGAACGGCUGGACGUGGGAGAGCUGGACGAGCUUGGGCGGGUCCGUGAUAGGCACGCCGUCGGCGUUUGCCUACGCCGGCUACGAGUACGUCGUUGUGCGCGGCACCGACGGCGCCUGCUGGUACCGCAGCUGGCACGCCGGCACCUGGUCGCAGUGGGCCAGCCUGGGUGGCAGCCUGCGCCACGAGCCCGAGGUGGUGUCGUAUCUGCAGUGGGGUGGCGGCGUCGACGUCUACAUCAACCAUGACGACGGCGGCCUGUACCGCAAGAGCUGGGACAACCGCACCGAUGCCUGGUCUCAGGAGUGGGAGCCCAUGGGCGGCAAGGUCGACUCCAAGCCCGGCGCCAUCGCCUGGGACAACGGCACGCGCACCGAUGCCUUUGGCCAGGGCAAGGACGGGUCGUGCCAGCGGCUGGUCAUGAGCGAGGGGAGGAACGACACCGGGUUUACGAACGAGUCCUGA